GCAACAGCAGCAGCAACAGCAGCAACAACAGGAACAGCAAGUGACAUUUAAUGUGUCGAGUCAUUAUCAAAUUCUAGAAAUAGUGGGUCAAGGUGCCUAUGGUAUAGUUUGUUCAGCUAUUCAUAAACCUACUGAGCAAAAAGUCGCCAUCAAGAAAAUCCUACCGUUUGAAAGAUCCAUGCUUUGUUUGAGAACAUUAAGAGAAUUGAAGCUUCUUAAGCAUUUUAAUCAUGAAAAUAUAAUUAGUAUAUUGGCUAUUCAACGACCCAGAAAUUAUGAAAGCUUCAAUGAGAUAUAUCUUAUUCAAGAAUUGAUGGAAACUGAUUUACAUCGAGUUAUACGAAGUCAGAAGUUAACUGAUGAUCAUAUUCAAUAUUUCAUUUAUCAAACUUUAAGAGCUUUAAAGGCUCUACAUUCAGCCAAUGUACUUCAUCGUGAUUUAAAGCCUCUGAAUUUAUUGUUAAACUCCAAUUGUGAUUUGAAAAUUUGUGAUUUUGGUUUAGCAAGAUCCAUUGCUUCAAGUGAAGAUAAUUUUGGAUAUAUGACAGAAUAUGUAGCAACAAGAUGGUAUAGAGCUCCUGAAAUUAUGUUAACUUUUCAAGAAUAUACUACUGCCAUUGAUGUUUGGUCAGUUGGUUGUAUUCUUGCAGAGAUGCUUAGUGGUAGACCAUUAUUUCCUGGACGAGAUUAUCAUAAUCAAUUAUGGCUUAUUAUGGAAGUAUUAGGAACACCAAAUAUGGAAGAUUAUUACAAUAUUAAGAGUAGAAGAGCUCGAGAAUAUAUUCGAUCAUUACCAUUUUGUAAAAAGGUCCCAUUUCAACAAUUAUUUGCAUCAAUAAAUCCAAACAUUAAUCCAUUAGCUCUUGAUUUAUUAGAGAAAUUACUUAUUUUUCAUCCUACAAAGAGAAUUACUGUUGAUGAUGCCUUAAAGCAUCCAUAUUUACAAUUAUAUCAUGAUCCAAAUGAUGAACCAAUAAGUGAAAAAAUCCCUGAAGAUUUCUUUGAUUUUGAUAAACAUAAAGACGAUUUAUCCAUUGAAGAUUUAAAAAUGAUGUUAUAUGAUGAAAUUAUGAAACCAUUAUAACUUAAAAUCAUUCAGUAAUUUCAGUAUUGUAUAUAUUAUUAUAUAUUUCGUUCAAUAUAUCAAGACAUUUGAAAACAUUAUUUGUAGCUUCAUUUUGCCACAAUACACCCUUCUACCAUAUGAUUGCAAAAUUACAUUGUUCAAUAUUAAAGAACAAUGGGCUAGCCAAACAGCCAAAGAAUAAAACGCGACUUUCUACAUUUCCAUAUCAGGCAAUUGCUGUU